AUGCAGCGUACGAACAGUCGGCAGCAGAUCGAUCAAAUACCUGACCACCCUCUCGCGUCAGAUCCGAUACGACUAGAAGAAGGCUCCUUUUCCGCCGGCGCCGCCGUCGGCGGUGGCGGCGGCGGCGGCGGCAGCGGCGACGUCGGCGCUCCUCUCAACUCCCCGCAGCGCCGCGCGUCGCCGAUGCUGCAGCAGAUGCGCCUCCAGGCGUCGCUGUUUCUCCGUCGCUUGCUCCACCCGCGCGCGUUUCUCGGCACCAAAUGCGCAGUCGUCGCGCUCCUGUUCCUGCUUAUAACGGGGAUAUGCGCGGCGCUGGCGGGCGCGGCGGGGGGAUGGGGGACGCGCGCGGACUGGGUGGUGGCGGAAGAUGCGCGCGGGGGAGGCUUGCCUGGGGAGGUUCUUGUGGCGGUUGGCGGCAGUAGCGGGUGUGACAUUAACGAGCGAGUUAGCGUUCCUGUACCGGGGGAUGGAGAUGGGAGUACAGCCGACGGCGAGUCUGAACCAAUGGUUUUCCUGUCGAUUGGGGAUUUUGGAAACGCGAACGACUCACAAAAAGCUGUGGCUGCACAGAUGGGGGCAGUAGCAGAGGCAGCGGGGGCACGCUUUGUGGUGUCAGUGGGGGACAACGUGUAUGACAACGGGGUCACGGGGGAGGCGGAUCCGCUCUUCCACCGCGUCUUUGAAGGCGUGUACACACACCCAGCGCUGCAAGUGCGAUGGUACAUGUCACUGGGCGAUCACGACAACAAGGGCAGCGUGGCAGCACAGGUGGCUCACUCCCACGCCUCCUCCAAGUGGUACCUCCCCUCGCCCUACUACUCCCUCUCCCUGCCGCUGCCCCGCCCUCGCCCAACUGCCACCGGCACAGGGGAUUCAGGAGGAGGAGGAGAGGGAGUGGGGGAAGUGGGGGCGGAUGGGAUAGGCGCAGGAGAGGCAGGGGGAGCAGGAGUGGGAGGGGGAGGGGGAGAAGUGGAGGGCAGCAGCAGUGGUGGCGGUGAUGGUAGCAGUGGGGGAGGCAUAGAGGAGCACAUAGACUUCUUCUUCACCAACUCCAUUGGCCUCGAGGGAGUGCUGGGAGCUUCUAAUGACAAUGACCGGCGCUUCUUCUCUAACUACUCCCUCGACCUCGUCGGCCCUCAGGCAGGCAGGCAGCAGCUGCAGUGGCUGGAAGCACAGCUUCAGAAAAGCACAGCCCGAUGGAAAGUGGUGGUAGGCCAUCGGCCCAUCAUCACAGCAGGAGUGCGCCCUCGCUUUCCUGCCGAGCCCCGCUUCUCCUCCUUGCUGCUGCCACUGCUGCACAAGUACCAAGUGGACGUCUAUCUCUUUGGCCACGACCACGUGGCGCAGCAUUUAGAGCGGUGCGGAGUGGUGCACGUGGGUAACGGCGUGGGGGGGUACAAGCGGCACUGGGUGCAUCCCACGGGCGACACAGUGUGGGCCGACUCCUCUUUCUUUGGCUUUCUCAAGCACGCUGCCACUCGCCACUGGCUGGACUUCACUUUCAUUGCUGCCAAUGGCAGCAUAAUGCAUUCCUUCCGCUUGCCACACCGCUCACUCAGACCUCACCCCUCUGCACCGCUCUCCACGCCUCUGUCUUCGAACUCCCCGUCUCUCCCUCGCUCUCUCUCACGGCGGAUGCAAUUGGAGGUUAAGGAGAGCGACGAGAGGGAGGAGGUGCAUGAGGAGAAUGGCAGGUUGGGUUUAUAG